AUGUCUUCUUCAAUCAACCCAUCAGACUCAUCAAACUCCUCAACCUCUGAAACACCGGUUGUCGUAUCAACUGGUUCCAACCCUUCUGCACAAACUAAUCUAAUCUCCAUCAACACUGCAUCUCAAAUACUAUUCAAACUUUCCAGAAGUGGAAACUAUGCCUCAUGGAGGUCUCAAUUCUCUAAUUUACUGUUUGGUUAUGAUUUGCUGGGUUAUGUUGAUGGCACACAUCCUUGUCCUGCAUCCACCAUCAACACAACUGAAGGAACUGAACCUGUUCCAAACCCAGAUCAUAAGAAGUGGCUGCGUCAAGAUCGUCUAAUAUUGCAGGCCAUUCAGGCCUCCCUUGCAGGUACUAUAGCACCACUUAUCUCCACCUGCAAAUGCUCUACUGAAGCGUGGAAUAAGCUGGAAACAACUUUUGCCAAUCGCUCGAAUACUAGGAUGCUCACCCUUCUGUCCACACUCAUGAGGACAUCUUAA